AUCAGAUCAAACGCCCUUCUAUAAGCAGGCACGACAGCGUGGAACCGGCCCUUAUCGUCAGCGCUGCUCUCUUCCACUUGCUUGUCGCAUAUUCUCACUUUUUGCAUACUUGCAGAAUGCUGCCUGCCUACAGACCCAUUGCCGGCAAAAUGCUUGCCCGGCUCAACACCGCCACGCGUCUGGCCAGCCAUGCCUCGCCCCUGUCCAUGCAGUCGCUGUUGCCGCUGGGGCCUCGCUUUGGCGCCAUGCGCAUGUCCGAAUGUGCCCGAUUACGAAGAAAAGUACCGCGAAAAGAUGCUGCAGCAGGCCAAGGUGCGCGGCCUGGACUCAAUCGAGGAGCUGAAGCAAAAGAUCAGGGAGGAGGAGCAGAAGGCAGCCGAGCAAAGCCAAAAAACUGCGACCAAGCAAUCGGACGCACAGCCAUCAGGCAAACAGCCGACAACUGCGCCAAAUGCCGCGCAGACUGCAGCAGCCAAAUCCGAGCGCCCGCUUGACAGGAGCUCGAACCUAAGUGCAAACAACUUGCCGCCGGGCGUGAAGUCUCUUGAUGAGAUCAUGCGCACUGAUCUGCUGGCCGACAAGGCGUCCGAGGAGGUCGGCCACAUCUGGAACCAGUACCAUGCGACAAAGGACACGAUCUCGGCGGCAAUCCCAGCCUCUACCUACAAGGACCUGCUGAAGACUGCGAGCAAGAACCCGCUGUUUGUUAUUCCCUUGCCGCGCGAGGAGGGCGUCGAGUUCUUUUUCAUGCAGUUUGACUACCACCAGGUGUACUUCACGUCAUUGCUCGAGUACAAGACCAACACGAUCAACGCGCGGCCGUACCUGACGCUGACACAUUACACGGAUCUGAUGGACUCGAAGGGCGUCGUGCUGAUGCGCGGUGAGCUUGACGACAAGAGCAAGAUGAUUGAUACGUCGAAUGCCCAGUAUUUGGCCCUGCAGAUGCAGCAGUUCUAUGUCACUGGCGGGGAGGAGAAGCGUCGGAUUUUGGAAAAAUUCAACCACAAGCCUGAGGAGUUCGACUACAAUGAGCUGAUGGAGGCUGCUCAGAAGCUGGACUAGAUCAAUAAAAGACGACUCAGCGUUGUGUAGCCAUGGAGCAUAUAUCGGCGGUCAUGCAAUGCGUGUAUUGGCCAUGUCUGGUGUAGCACACAAAGCCACCAUAUGUAGACCCUUGGUCGCUAUAUGCUAAGAUUGUUCUAUGCCGCAGCCAUCGCAUUCGUGGAUUGUAUUGUAUUAUUUGGUGGCUUAG